AUGAUUAAUAGAGAAUUGACAAAGCUUUUCAAUGUUGCUAAAAGGCUUCGACAAGGUGAUCCCAUGUCACUAUUCUUGUUUGUAAUUGCCAUGGAGUAUCUGAGCAGGCUACUUAGAAGAUUGAAGCAAACAAAGGAGUACAAAUACCAUCCAAGAUGCAGCAAGUUUAACAUAACUCAUCUCGGUUUUGCAGAUGAUCUACUCAUGUUUGCCAGGGGUGAAACUGGUUCUGGGCAAGCUUUGCACCACUGCUUCAGUCAAUUUUCUGUUGCUUCUAGUUUACAAGCUAAUCUAACAAUGAGUGCUAUCUAUUUUGAAGGAGUGGCAAAGCCAGAACAAAUGAGAAUACUACAGAGUAUAGGGUAUUCACUAGGGGAGCUUCCUUUCAAAUACUUGGGGAUUCCUUUAGACACAAAGAAGUUAACUAUACUUCAAUGCCAACCGUUGGUAGGGAGAAUUGUAUCAAGAGUAUCUUCUUGGACUGCUCGGAAACUAUCGUAUGCUGGUAAAGUGCAGCUUGUGCAGACUGUUCUAUUUGGCAUCCAAUCUUACUAG